AUGCCAAAAUUUACAUGGACUCAGCUUAUGACUUGGGAAAGAGAAGCUGUUAGACGACGUGUCCCAUUGGAAAUCCCAGGUUUGAUACCAAGAGAAGAGAUUCCAAACAACAGAUACUUGAUACGUCCAGGUGGAAGCUUCGAAAGAAAUGGGCAAAAGGUAAUUUUUAACCACAUUUCAAUGGUAAGGAUUGGAUUUUUUGCAUUAUUUUUCUUAGCUGGCUACCAAGUUCUAAGACCUGCAAAGUGGGGAUGGGAAAAUGAAAUUGAGCACCAUAACUUUUCAUUUGACAACUGUGUCUAUCCUAAAUUGUCUAGCAACAUGGUUCCUUAUCACGAAUCGGUUGUUGGAUUCCCUUAA